CUGGCAUCUGCGCGGGCUGUUCACCGAAUGCAUGAUCCCAAUGACUUGGUGGCCCUGGCGCAGGUUGUGCAACAGGCUGACGACUACACACGAGCAACCGUUGGCUCAAAGUUGGAGCUAAUUACGCAACAGAUCCAGUUUUUGCAGCAACAGGCCCGCCAGGUACUGGAGGAGGCCAAAAAGGACGUGUCCCUCGCGCAUGCGCGCUGCAACUUCAAGCGCAUCCCAAACCGAAUCUAUCACUUGUAUCGGCGUACCAACCCGGACUUGGACGGGGAGAAGUACUUUUCCAUGCUCUCACCCCAGGAGUGGGGCGACCGGCUGCAGGAUGAGCACUUGGGCUCGUAUCGCUUGGAGCCCGACCACUCCUGGACCCCCAUUGAGCGAAUUGCGGAGCGCGAUGCUCGC